UCCUUUAUUUCUCCAUUCGGCCCUCGCAUUCGCAUAAAUCAAUCAAAUUUUUCCCAGACAAAAGCCAAGAAGGUGAUAGAUCAGAACAAUAGACCCACAUAUAUACAAUAAACUCCAUUUCGAUCCUUUGAUACAAAAAAAGGGUUAUAGAUGGCGCGGUACGACAGAGCAAUUACGGUGUUCUCACCGGACGGCCAUUUGUUUCAGGUGGAGUACGCCCUCGAGGCCGUCCGAAAGGGAAACGCCGCCGUCGGUGUUCGAGGCACCGAUACCAUCGUCCUUGCCGUCGAGAAGAAAUCCACUCCCAAGCUCCAGGACUCCAGAUCGGUUAGAAAGGUUGUCAAUUUAGAUAAUCACAUUGCAUUGGCUUGUGCUGGACUUAAAGCAGAUGCACGAGUUCUAAUUAAUAGGGCACGCAUUGAGUGCCAGAGUCAUAAGCUUACAGUUGAGGAUCCUGUGACUGUUGAAUACAUAACUCGCUACAUUGCUGGACUUCAGCAGAAGUAUACACAAAGCGGUGGUGUGAGACCUUUUGGGCUUUCAACCUUGAUCAUCGGUUUUGACCCCUACACUAGUGUCCCAUCUCUUUACCAGACAGAUCCCUCAGGGACUUUUUCAGCAUGGAAAGCCAAUGCAACAGGGAGAAACUCAAACUCGAUCCGGGAGUUUCUGGAGAAGAAUUACAAAGAAACAUCUGGCCAGGAGACUGUCAAACUAGCCAUGCGGGCUUUACUUGAAGUUGUUGAGAGUGGUGGAAAGAACCUAGAAGUUGCUGUAAUGACCAAAGAUCAUGGACUUCACCAGCUUGAAGAAGCUGAAAUUGAUGCCAUUGUUGCUGAAAUUGAAGCGGAGAAAGCAGCUGCAGAGGCUGCCAAGAAGGCCCCUCCCAAGGAAACUUAGGACUAUGGCUUAGCGUUUGCUCAUCACGUCUCUUCUUUUGUGAUUUUUAAUUCACAAUGUAAUCUGCUGCUUCUGACAAUUGAUAUCUAUCUUUAGACAAUUUACAGGAUGAUGUUUAAUUUUCAGUUGAUUGAUUUCCUCCAUAUUAAACUGCAA